GGUUCCUUCGAAAAGGCAGGUGCCAUGACAGAACUCCAGGAAGUACAGAUCACGGAAGAGAAGCCGCUCCUGCGAGCCCCGGGAGGACCUGAUCCGGGCAAGGAUGCUGAACUGAUAACAGCCAAACUGCUGCAGGAGCAUGGCCAGAAACACCAAGUGGAGACACCCUAUGGGAUUGUCACAAUCACCAUCCAUGGGACGCCCAAGCCCAAACGCCCGGCCAUCUUCACCUACCAUGAUGUCGGACAAAAUCAUCAUUCGUGCUUCGACACCCUCUUCCACUUUGAGGACAUGCAAGAGAUCAUAAAGAACUUCGUGGUGAUCCAUGUGGACGCGCCUGGCAUGGAGGAGGGCGCCCCGGCCUUUCCUCUGGGGUAUCAGUAUCCCUCACUGGACCAGCUCGCUGACAUGAUCCCCUGCAUCCUGCAAUAUGUCAACUUCACCAGCAUCAUUGGCAUCGGAGUGGGGGCUGGCGCCUAUGUUCUGGCCCGCUACAGCCUCUCUCAUCCCAACACCGUGGAGGGUUUGGUCCUGAUCAACAUUGACCCAAAUGCCAAGGGCUGGAUGGACUGGGCAGCUCACAAGCUGACUGGCCUCACAUCGUCCAUCUCAGAGAUGAUUAUGGGACAUCUCUUCAGUACAGAGGAACUUUCCAAGAACACUGAGAUGGUGCAACAGCAGCGGGACAUCCUGAGCCAUGCGACCAACCUGCCUAAUAUUCAGCUCUACUGGAGCAGCUACAACAGCCGCAGAGACCUGAGCUUGGAGCGCGGAGGAGACAUCAGCUUCAAGUGUCCUGUGAUGCUGGUGGUGGGAGACCAGGCCCCUCAUGAAGAUGCUGUGGUGGAGUGUAAUUCCAAGCUGGAUCCUACCCAGACCUCUUUCCUCAAGAUGGCAGAUUCGGGGGGACAACCACAGCUGACCCAGCCUGGGAAACUGACGGAGGCCUUCAAGUACUUUGUGCAAGGCAUGGGAUACAUCCCUCAUGUACUGGACAAGAAACUGAGUCAGGGUGGCCUCGUCCUGCAUGACGCGCCUGUCCCGCUCACGCACCGCCUCUCUGUCCAGUGCCGCCUCGGGGGACGGGAACCGGUCCCGCUCGCGCACCCUGUCCCAGAGCAGCGAGGCAGGGGCGCCCCCGCCUCCGGCCCCCACCAUGGAGGUGUCCUGCUGAGCGCCAGGCCAGGGGACGAGACCGCCUCCCACCUCUGAACAGGACUUCUUCUGCUAUCCCACAAUGCACUCCGGCCACUGGGCCGUGUGACGAUCUCCCCUAACGGUACUAAACAUCCAGGGAGGCCCAGAUGGGAUGCAAUGUACUCUCUCUCUCUCUCUUUUUUUUUUAAAAAAAGGCAAACCUUAACCUCCCCCCCCUACCUUUUCUUCUCAACCAACACAUACACACCUCUCUUCAGCCCUACCUACCCCAAAUCCCCCUCCCUUCUCUCCCGUAACCUAAUACUAGUUCCAGCCCCCCCCACCUCAGUUUCCUUAGUGACCCUCAGCACUGAGGGAGACACAGAUGGAGUAGCAUCCGCUUCCUAAACGAUUAAACUCUCAGCACUUAUUCUGAUUCCUCCUUUGUUCUCCGCCUCUUUGCUCACUUAGUUCCCUUCAUGAGGGAAGUCUGGAUUAUUUGAUUUUUGUUGUCGUUCUGUCUAAACCAUAACUAACCCUUGUUCCCUCCCCCCAAUUACUGAGCGAUAAAUGUUCUGGGAGUCAUCUGGAUGGGGAUCAGUUUGUGUGGCUCGCUUUCUCCUCCUUUCCCUCCCAGAACGUACGGAGGCACUAGUAGGACUUUCACUAGAGCCCUGAUGAGGACCGGUAUGGCUGCUGUCAGGCCAGCAUAGGGCACCCAAUAUAGGAAGGACUCCUGUCUUCCAUCCCCGUCUGGCCUGGUCGGUUCUAAUUCCUUUAUGGGGCUUAAACAUAAUUUCAUUCCCUGCUCUCUCUCUCUCUCUCCCUCUCUCUCCAGAAGAACCAUGAUCCUCCCCCUCUUUCCACCUCUUUGGGUUUAUUUUAUAGCCCUUACCACCCCAUACACACAAACGUGCUUUUGUUUUAUACCCCCAAAUCCAGCCCUCUUCCCCCACCCUCACAAAGGCUGCAUUACUUACCUGUUCUCUUUCCUGCCCCCACUCCCACCCCCAUUAAAACUAAUCCUUUGUAGAUGGUAGCGGCUUUGUGGUGUGCAUGUAUGGUUUCCGCUAAGACAGCAAGCGACUUCUGGCGGUUAGGGGCUUUUUGGGUGGCUGGGCGAAGCUGAACUGGGGGGAGGAGAUUUCUCUGGGGGAGGGUGGGAUUGUUCCUCUUAGGAUGUUUCAGGGGAACGAGGGGGGUGGGAGAUGCUUGAGCCAGACUACGCUGUUGUGGCAGUGCCAGGUACAGAUGGCAAGGGGCUGCAGUGUUUUUGGCUUCGUAUAAGGAGAUGGGUGGAGGAGACUGUGAUCAGUUGUGAUUUUCUUUUCUUUUUUUUGUCUAAAAGUGCUGACUGUAGUGCGUUCCGGCUGCUGGCUUUGAGCAGGGCUCUUGUGGUGCCGUGGAGGGUAAACAUUGGGUCAGCUUCUUGUGUAAAAGGGAUUCCAACUGUACCAGUUCAUUGAUGUUAUUGGCUGUAUUUUUAAAAAAAGAAAAAGAAAAAACCACACACACACCUUUAAAUGUAUAGAUAGUUUGGGUUUUUUGGCCAUGUUGCUCUCUCAAAAUGAAAGAAAAAUUAUUUGGAUCAGCUAUAGUGAGAGUACUCAGUCUGCAAACUUUUGAGAGACACAGAAUGCUUCAUCGAACUGCGGAGACAAAGAGUUCUGUGUAACCCGAAAGCUGGAAUACUCCCACCUCAGAAGACGACGGUCCAAUUAGAAAGUCACCUUACUUAUUCCUUAAACCUGAAUAGGCGCUGGGGGUGAGUGGCUCAGCAGCCUAUGGUCAAGGGGCAUUGUUUGGAACGGGUUCCAGCUGGAAUUUGUAGCUCCCGCAUGUAAUGGGAUCCUGUUGUAUUUGAGAAUGUGUGAGCUCUGUUUUUUUUUUCCCCCAGAGCAGUCGAUGGUGAAUCCCGACUCUAACAAUAAAGUCUCUAGAGGAA